GCCUUGCAUCGGGGGAGAUAUUCCCGAUGCAAGAUUAUGAUGGUUGUUCCAACGGGCCUUGCAGUGACUGAAGCCGAUCUCUUUUUGACCUCCGGUUCGAAAGGUCCGAUUCUGACAAACAUUUGAUCUCUAUCUCGCUGGAUUUAUGCAUACUUGCAUAGACCAUGGCGGUUAUCCUAAGCAGACCAAAACCCUAAUAAAAUAGAAAAAGGAUCCCUCUCUCAAAUACGACACAAAUCCAGUGUUUUCGUGGUUCUUGAAAUUUAAUUGCUUGUAAGUAAUCUCUCCGUUUUGAAUCCUUGUUCUGAGCGUCAAUGGGGCCUUUGAAGAGGAAAUCAUUCGACAGUCCCUCAGAAGAGUCUGGCCAACCGCAGAAACAGCAGAGAGAGAACGAUUUGGUUCGUCUAGAUGAGACGGUAGCCUGUGUUCAUGACGUUUCCUACCCCGAAGGUUACGUUCAUUCGUCAAAAUCUUCAACUCGAGAACAUUCGAAGCCUGCGAAGGAAUUUCCUUUCAAGCUUGACCCUUUUCAGUCGGAGGCAAUCAAAUGCCUUGAUAAUGGUGAAUCCGUUAUGGUAUCUGCCCAUACAUCAGCUGGAAAAACGGUAGUAGCUCUGUAUGCUAUUGCAAUGUCCUUACGAGACAACCAGCGGGUCAUCUACACUUCACCAAUCAAAGCAUUGAGCAACCAAAAAUUUAGAGAAUUUAAAGAAGAGUUUUCAGAUGUUGGUUUGAUGACUGGAGACAUAACCAUUGAGCCAAAUGCUUCAUGUUUGGUCAUGACCACGGAAAUUUGGCGUAGUAUGCAAUAUAAAGGAUCAGAGAUUAUGCGGGAGGUGGCCUGGGUUAUUUUUGAUGAGGUACAUUACAUGCGUGACAGGGAAAGAGGUGUAGUUUGGGAAGAGAGUAUUGUCAUGGCUCCAAAGAACUCAUGUUUUGUAUUCCUGUCGGCAACAGUUCCUAAUGCUAAGGAGUUUGCUGAUUGGGUAGCAAAGGUACACCGACAACCAUGCCAUAUUGUUUAUACAGAUUAUCGGCCUACACCACUUCAGCAUUAUAUUUUCCCUUCUGGAGGCGAUGGCCUAUACUUGGUGGUGGAUGAAAAGGGUAAAUUUCGUGAGGACAGUUUCCAGAAAGCCCUAAAUGCUCUUCUUCCUGCUGGAGAAGGAAACAAGAAAAGAGAGAAUGGGAAGUGGCAGAAGGGGUUAAUGGUGGGUAAAGCAGGAGAAGAGAGUGACAUUUUCAAGAUGGUGAAAAUGAUAAUUCAGCGUCAGUAUGAUCCUGUUAUACUUUUCAGCUUUAGCAAAAGGGAUUGUGAGCUUUUGGCAAUGCAGAUGGCAAAAAUGGAUCUUAAUGAGGAUGAUGAAAAAGUUAAUAUAGAAACUAUAUUUUGGAGUGCCAUGGACAUGCUUUCAGAUGAUGAUAAGAAGCUUCCCCAGUGUUUAUUUGCCACAGAGACCUUCAGCAUAGGUUUGAACAUGCCUGCAAAAACUGUUGUGUUUACAAAUGUUCGUAAGUUUGAUGGUGAUAAGUUCAGAUGGAUUUCUAGUGGAGAGUAUAUACAGAUGAGUGGUCGUGCUGGUCGCCGUGGUAUUGAUGAACGAGGGAUAUGCAUCCUCAUGGUUGAUGAGACGCUGGAGCCAUCCACAGCUAAAACGAUGCUGAAGGGAAGUGCUGAUUGUCUGAACAGUGCUUUCCAUCUAAGCUACAACAUGCUUUUGAAUCAAAUUCGAUGUGAAGAUGGUGAUCCAGAGAACCUACUCAGGAAUUCAUUCUAUCAGUUUCAAUCUGACCGUGCAAUUCCCAAUCUUGAGAAAGAAGCAAAGAACCUUGAAGAGGAGAGAGAUUCAAUAAUAAUUGAAGAAGAAGAGAGUUUGAAGAAUUACUAUACUCUCUUACAACAGUACAAAAGUUUGAAGAAGGAUGUUUGUGAUAUUGUGUUCUCCCCAAGGUACUGCUUACCCUUCUUGCAGCCUGGCAGGCUUGUACGUCUCCGAUGCAAUGAAAAUGAUGACAGUACUCCUUCUUUUUCCCUGGAGGAUCAGGCUACAUGGGGGGUAAUAAUCAAUUUUGAAAAGGUGAAAGAUGUUUCUGAAGAUGAUGAAAGUAGAAAACCAGAGGAUGCAAACUACACAGUAAAUGUUCUUACUAGGUGUAUUUUCAACAAGGAUGGGAUUACGAAAAAGUCUCUUAGAGUUAUCCCGUUAAAGAAAUCUGGAGAGCCUGCUGUUGUUUCCAUCCCUAUUACACAGAUUGAUAGUUUGAGUAGUAUUCGCCUUAUCAUAGCAAAGGAUCUUUUGCCAUUGCAAGCUCGAGAGAAUACUAUAAAGAAGAUUUUAGAAGUGCUUUCCCGAUUUUCUAAAGAAGGGAUGCCUCUCCUGGACCCUGAAGAGGACAUGAAGGUUCAAAGUAACUCGUACAAAAAGGCUAUGCGUCGGAUAGAGGCUUUGGAGAGCUUGUUUGUCAAACAUGAAGUUGCUAAGUCUCCACUUAUUGAGGAAAAGCUCAAAGUCUUACAAAAAAAGCAAGAUUUAACAGCCAAGAUAAAGUCAAUAAGGAGAACAAUGCGUUCUUCCACAGCAUUGGCUUUUAAGGAUGAAUUGAAGGCACGGAAGCGGGUUUUACGGAGGCUAGGAUAUGUUGCAAGUGAUGAUGUUGUGGAGUUGAAGGGAAAAGUUGCUUGUGAGAUCACUAGUGCAGAAGAGUUGACACUGACAGAGCUCAUGUUCAAUGGGGUGUUAAAGGACAUUACCAUUGAAGAAAUGGUGUCACUUCUCUCAUGCUUUGUGUGGCAGGAGAAGCUUCAGGAUGCCCACAAGCCCAGAGAAGAGCUUGGCUUGCUCUUUACUCAAUUACAAGAGACCGCAAGGCAGGUUGCAAAAGUUCAGCUUGAGUGUAAGGUCCAAAUUGAUGUGGAGGCUUUUGUAAAUUCUUUCCGACCUGACAUCAUGGAGGCUGUGUAUGCAUGGGCAAAAGGAUCCAAAUUCUAUGAGAUAAUGGAAAUUACACAGGUCUUUGAGGGCAGUCUUAUCAGGGCUAUCAGGAGAUUGGAGGAAGUUCUCCAGCAGCUUAUACUGGCAGCAAAAUCAAUAGGAGAAACCCAGUUAGAAUCAAAAUUUGAGGAAGCUGUUUCCAAGAUCAAGAGAGACAUUGUCUUCGCUGCUUCUCUAUAUUUGUAGGUAAUCCAACCAUAACUGCACAACAUAUGUGCUCAAGGUUAGUCAUAAGCAAAUAGGCUGGGGUUUUCAUAUUUUCAGUAUUUAUCACAUGCUCUAUGCCUUCAAUCCAACUCAUUGGGAUAAUGAUAUAAAAAGGAAUGUACUUCAUGAAAAGCAGUUGAGUCUUGUAUAUUGCUCAUGUUAAGAUUUCUUCAUUCCUACUAAUUCAAUGUCCUUCAUGUUACAAUGGACAUUUAUGAAGAGGAGGUAUUUAUGUAAUUACAGAAAUUUGAUGAGGUGAA